CGGUCCAACUCAACCAAUUGGUCAUAUUCUUUUUCAAUUCUUUGUAGUAAUCAUAUUUUUACUUUGCUUUCUUUCGAUUUAUGAAUGAAUUGGGUUUGAACAAUGCUGUUAUAAUAUGAGACAUAUGACUAUCCCAUGUUAGCCGUGUCCACAUAGCAACCCUUGCAUUUUGGUCUUGUGUACGUCACCAACUCUUUGAGUGGAGCGAGUCCUGCUUUCUUGUUCUUGUUCUUCUCUUUUUGGCCCCCCGUGACGUUAUGAUGUGUGUUUGUGUUGCUGAACGGCUGAAUGUGGCAUGGUGACGCCAUCAACUAUGCUUUAAAUCUCGCUACUUACCCUGAUUGCUUGUUUGUUGUCAAUGAAGCAUUUAGGAUGGAGUUCAAGCUCUAAAUGGAUCCCAACAUGAAGCAGCUUCAAGAGGCUCUGGUUGACAUUGAGAUUGAUGCAGAGCAAGUUCUUCUGGCAAGGCAUCAGUUAGUGGAAAAUGACAAGGUAAGGAAUGCUAACAGGGAGGCCUUGACAGCCCUCCGGAAAAAAUCCAGGACAACCAAAUCUAGUGUUCCAUCUCCCUUUGGGGUCAUAAUGAAAGAGAUGGAAGGAAGCUCUGGCAAGCAGCUGAUAAAGGAGAUAUGCCCGACUUGUGGAGAUCAUGACCCUAAAGAACAUACCUGGCUAAUGUUUACUGGAUCAGAUAUUUUUGCUCGUGUUCCAUUUCAUGUAGCACACACUGUUCUGGAUAAAGACCAAGAACACCUUGAUUUCGAUACCAAGAAACUGCAAAGCUUUGUCAAGGAGAAAUCACUUGUGAUCGCUGAGAAAGGUGCCCUUGCGGGCAGCUUCAGCCCUGGCACUGUGAAAUCCUUCGUCAGCCUUACGGACAGACCCAAGUCGACAUGGGAGGCAGGGGAGCUUGUCCAGCCCCCUGAAGUGAGGUAUCAGUUGGGCUGACUUGUCAACUGAUCAACCGCCGUGUUCUUUCUUGGAAUUUCCUGUAUAGAUGUUGGCUUCCGUGUCAAACAAACUUUGUUAAGGUUGUUAGCAUUUGCAAGAAUUUGUUUUGCACCGAUAUUGGGUUGUACUGUAGAGGAUCCAGAUUUCUGGAUUUUGCUGUGUUGUGACAAUACAUCUCUAUCAGUGAGUAGUUCCCAAUGGCAAAUCCGUGAUGAUGGGCUAGGCAAGGUGUUGUGGGCAAUCUCGAAUCUGUAACAGUCCUGUUUCGAACUGGAGUCAAGAGACCAGAUCUCAGUCUUCAUUGUCCAUGUCUUGUUAGUCUGUAAUGAAGUCUCGAUCUUUAAGUCA